AUGCCAGAUGAGGGAGAACCAGGGUCCCCUAAACCCGUGAUUGGGAGAGGCGGAUCUAUCAGCGUUCUUCGGAGAAAGCUCAUCAUGGAAAUCAUGGAAAAGGCUGGUGGUGCAUACCCCGCCGGCACUGCAAUGUGGUAUCCUUUUGUUACUGCGUGGAUGAAGUUCCAUCCCAAGGAAAAGCCAGACAUGCGAACUAUUAAUACUGCAUGCAAACAACUGAUUGAUGCCGGUCAGCUUAGGCAGCUGACUUUCAGUGGCCGAGACACGAGAAAAGUGAUGGUGACAAGGACAUUGUUGUUGAAGCCUGAUAUGUCACCGGACGAUCCUUUGGUGAAAGAGAUGCAGAGCAAGAUUUUGGCUACUGAUUUCCACGAUUCGCGGCCCUUCUUUGCGGCCAAUGUUGAGAUGGACCCGAAUUUGACGAGAAAUAGUGGUCGACCUCACGGUGCACCUCCCCGCGCACAGAGAUUCUCCUUCCCGGUCGAAGAAGGUGCCCAUGUUCACCUGCAACAAAAGCCUAUUUCCAUUGUGAACUUGGAGGCAAGAAGACGGAGACAGGCCCAAGCGAAUUUCAUCAAACGCCUGGAAGCCCAAGCCAGGGCUGCUAAGGCUGCUGAACAAGAGGAUGAACUGCCUGACCUGCCUGGAGUUCAGCGACUCAUGACACUUGCCCGCCCUCCUGAAUUGGACUUUAAUGCUCAUCCGCACACAUCAAUUAUUCGGCCAUAUGUGCGAACAGGUGCACGUGGUCCUGGCAAGCACCAAAAGUCUAUCAUUCCCAAACGGCUGAUGAAACCAAUUUCUGCCAUCGGAGCGUAUGCCAUGUUGAUGAGUCCGAUACAGCAAUUUGAUCCAACUACUGGGACAUUCUCCACAGGGUCAUGUUCCAAACGCAAAAGGGGAAGACCAAUGGGAUCAAGACCGCCGGUUUUGAACAUUGGUGAAACUGUCGAUGAAUUGUCUAGACUGGCCUAUAACGAACCAGACUUGCCGGAAAUGCCCAGGGCUGUUAAAGUCCAGGUUUUACUCUCGAGAUUCAAUCAAAAGACCAAAAAGAUCCUUAAAUGGGAGCUUCAUCAUCCAAUUAUUUUUGAGGCAAACCUCAAAGGUCAGCAGUUUAUCAACCAAACAAUUCAGGAUGGUUUCAAACCAGCGCCGAUCACGGGCGAUAUUCAAUUUGAUAUUGACAUGCCCCCUCCAAAACCGCCCCAAGUGGAACCAGAGUUACCAGCACGGCGUAGCGAGAUCCGUCGCCAGCGUCAGUCUCUACCUCAGCUUCCCCCUCCACCACCCCCUCCAAAGAUUGAGACACCAAAACCGACGCCAAGACCGAGAAGGACGAGGGCUCCUCGGGCCCCACGCGCUCCUGCCACGGACCGCCGUCUGGCGAAACUUGAUGAUACUGCAACAGCCGACAAAGAAGCACAGUCAGCGACCCCUAAACGAAUUCGCCGACAGCGCUUCGUGAAGCCUAUCUCCGAGGAUCUCAAACAAAAGCUGGUGGUUGCUCUUGUCGUUGUUCGUGUUCUUGCAGGCGGAGCAGAAUCAAGAGUCAUCGAUUGGGCUCUGGUGAAGAAAUCUUUCCCAGACCAUGACUCGGAUUUUAUCGAAGGACGAGCUCGUCAGAUACUCAACAAGAAUCGCUUGCAGAUUACAAAGAUGCAUCGAGAUUUCCAAGAGUGUUUCCUUGAGGCCUAUGAAAAGGACGAAGUCCCGCGCAUUGACUAUUCUGAUUUGGACGGCUAUGACUGGCCUGCCCUGGUUGAGUGGGCAAGCACUAGGCUGGAUGUUUCUCCCUCCGAACGGGCCCCGGACCUUCCAGCAACACGGGAGCAAUUCGACAGUGUUUUCGAACUACGCGAAGAUGAUGUUACGGCAGGCGAUGAACUGUACCAGGCUGUGCAUGGUGUCACUAUCAACCACAAACGCAACUUGAUGGCGCGCAAUCCAUUUGCUGUGCCCCUGGAUGAUGGAAAACGUACCCAAUCAGCUUCACGAAAGGCUGCUGAGGCACAACUUGAGGCCGCGAAGACAUGGGUUCGGGCAAAUAUUGUCACUGCAGAAGAGACCUAUCGACCCAACGAGUCGAGCGAUAUCCUGCAGCGCUUUGGCGAUAGACUCAUCACCACUGCGACGCAGACACUCAUCAACGAGCGUGUCCUCAGCUCAACAACCCGUGGCCGCGUCACCCCGGGUCGUAACUACGAUAUCUCAGAAUAUUUCCUGCAGACACUGAGCCGCAAACGUGCCGUCGAGAGCACUCAACUGCGUCGUGCCGCUCAUUUCAAGACUAAAACGCUAGAUCUCCAAUUCCGGACUACGGGUUCAUUCGACGUCGAGUACACCGCGGAAGACGGCGAUAUCCUUGCAUUGAUCAAUCUCUACGCUUCGGGCGCUGUUCAAAUGCGACCUCGCGAUCCUCCCCGCGCAAAGUUCGGUCUCACCGAUGGCGGAUACGAAACUCGGCAGAUGGACAAGAAACGCUUCCGUUUCCCCGUCGAGGUUACUCCCACAGCAUCAUACCGUUAUGGUAAUUCCGUCCAUGGCAAAGCUGCAGCCACGGUCCUUCCACCGGCGCCUUCACCCUCAGGCACGGAAUUGCCGGCUAGGAACCCCAUUUGGUACGACAUUAAUGGAGAGUUUGUACAUCGUCUCUGGGAUCUGGUGCUUGGCCCUGUCCUUGGGUGUCUAGUGAUGCGACCCGGUAUCAAGGCCGGUAACAUUUCUAACAUGAUGAAGCCUACCAUGGGCACAUGGGAAACUGUGUUGAUGCUGCAAUGGCUGGAGGAAGUUGGCAUUGUCAAGUCAGAUGGCGUGGGAGAAAUGGCUUGCUGGACAUUACAGGAGUCUUGGUGGAUGAUUCUAUCUUGA